AAAACAUAAAAGGGUUAUCAAAUACAGCCACUCGCUAUUCACUUUAGUACUUUACUCCCCACCGCCUCUGCCCCCUUCUUCUCUAGAAAAUUAGAAAUCUCCACUACCCACAACCUCAGCUCUCUCUCUCUCUCGAUUUCGAGCCUAACAAUUCCCAUAAAGGAUAGUUAUUUUCUCGUAUAAUUGUCAACUGCAAUCUUGCAUCAACCAUGGCUGUUCUUGUAUAUCUGGUGCUUUUCCUGGCCUUUACUGGCCAUUCAAGUGCUACAUACUGCGUGUGCAAAGACGGGAAUACACAAGCCCUUCAAAAGGCACUGGAUUAUGCUUGUGGAGCUGGAGCUGACUGUAGCCCCAUCAAUCAAAAUGGUGCCUGUUACAAUCCUAACACUGUAAAGAGUCACUGUGACUAUGCUGUAAACAGCUAUUUCCAAAGGAAGAAUCAAGCCCAAGGGAGCUGUGAUUUCUCAGGCGCUGCCACCACUAGUCAAACUGCCCCCACUGGAGCUUCUGCCAACUGUGUUUAUCCUGCAAGUCCCAGCCAAGCAGGUGGUAAUAGCACAACCCCAUCAACAACUCCUCCCUCAAGCACAACACCAAGCACAACACCCACAACCACGCCUCCCUCGACCACCACGCCCUCAACCACCACGCCAUCAACCACCACGCCCACGUCUCCAACCACAGGCAUCACUCCUACGGUGUAUGGCACAGGAAUUAGCCCCACAGGAAGUAGCACCACCACCGGCAUCAAUGACAAUGAAGGUGUGGCUCUCCAAAGUGGCACUAAUCUACUUUUCUUCUCCCUUGGUCUGACAUUCUUGUCAGUAUUGCUGUGGAACUGAAGUUGAAAACAUAACAAGUCACAGGAGGAGGAGGGGAGGGGUAUAAUUUAGUGGGGUUGAUGUGUGGAUUAAAAUGUUGCAACGACAGGAGGGAUGGUAGAGAUGAUGUAAUUUGGGUGCGUUGGUUAUCAUAUAGAGGCAAAACCCCCACUAAGUUUUUUUAUUUUUUGGGUGUCUUCUAUGUGGAAAAAGUUGGGGAAUUCGAUUCCUUUUUUUGAGUGAUGUGACUGCUAUUGGGGGUAGAACCUAAUCUCUUCUUUUUAGUUUUUUCCAUUUUUUGUUUUAUGUAUAUCUAGAGAGAAGUAGUAUAUUAUAUUGUUUUAAAAAAAUUUAUUACCCCCCCAUCUAUGUAGUAAGUUCCUUUCAGACUAUUCACUGUUACUGUUACUGUUAAUUUUGAGCAAUUUGGAUCAUCUUACUUUGAACA